AUGACGGUUUCAUACACCCUCAAAGUGGCGGAGGCCCGCUUUGGAGGCUUCUCGGGCCUGCUUCUCCGCUGGAGGGGAAGCAUCUACAAGCUCCUCUACAAGGAGUUCCUCCUCUUCAUCGCCUUGUAUGCUCUGCUCAGCAUCACCUACCGGUUGCUGCUGACCCAGGAGCAGAGGCAUGUCUAUGCUCAGGUAGCCCGAUACUGCAACCGCUCUGCAGACCUCAUCCCCUUGUCUUUUGUACUGGGUUUCUACGUGACCUUGGUGGUGAACCGCUGGUGGGCCCAGUACACAAGUAUUCCGCUGCCGGACCAGCUGAUGUGCGUCAUUUCGGCCAGUGUGCACGGCGUGGACCAGCGCGGCCGCCUGCUGCGCCGCACCCUCAUCCGCUACGCCAACCUGGCGUCGGUGCUGGUGCUGCGCUCGGUCAGCACCCGCGUGCUCAAGCGCUUCCCCACCAUGGAGCACGUGGUGGAUGCAGGUUUCAUGUCGCAGGAAGAGAGGAAAAAGUUUGAGAGCCUGAAAUCUGACUUCAACAAGUACUGGGUCCCCUGCGUCUGGUUCACCAACCUGGCAGCCCAGGCCCGGAGGGAUGGGAGAAUCCGUGAUGACAUUGCUCUCUGCCUGCUCCUGGAAGAGCUGAACAAGUACCGGGCCAAGUGCAGCAUGCUGUUCCACUAUGACUGGAUCAGCAUCCCCCUCGUCUACACCCAAGUGGUGACCAUAGCAGUGUAUUCCUUCUUUGCCCUUUCCCUGGUUGGCCGCCAGUUUGUGGAGCCAGAGGCAGGGGCUGCCAAACCUCAGGAGCCUCUGGAGCCAGGGACCACCCUGGGGGACCUGGACAUGUAUGUGCCUCUCACCACUCUGCUGCAGUUCUUCUUCUACGCUGGCUGGCUCAAGGUGGCGGAACAGAUCAUCAAUCCCUUUGGUGAGGAUGAUGACGACUUUGAAACCAACCAGCUCAUAGAUCGUAACUUGCAGGUGUCCCUGCUGUCUGUGGACGACAUGUACCAGAACCUACCUCCCGCAGAGAAGGACCUGUACUGGGAUGAAGACUCGGCGCAGCCACCCUACACUGUGGCCACGGUGGGAGAGUCGAUGCGGCCCUCCUUCCUGGGCUCCACCUUCAACCUGCGCAUGAGCGAUGACCCAGAGCAGAACCUGCAGGUGGAGGUGUCCCCGGGGCCCGCCCGGCCGGUGCCUGCCGCGCAGACCCCGCUGCUCGGCCGCUUCCUGGGAGUUGGAGCGCCCUCUCCUGCCAUCAGCCUCCGGAACUUCGGCCGCAUACGGGGACCCCCUCGGACCCCUCAUCUGCUGCGCUUUCGGGCGGAGGAGGGCGGCGACCUGGAGGCCGCGGACCGCAUCGAUGAGGAGGCAUCGGGGUCAGGGGAUGAAGCCCAGGAACCCUGAGCAGAGGGAACCGGGCCUGGCCAUCCUGCUGCCUUCUCCAGGCCCGCCUGGCCACCCACUCCCGCCCCCGCCUUUUCCGGGCCCUCUGGAGCUGUUUAGAGCAGCACUUCCAUGUGCUCUGAGCGGGAGCAUUUAGGGACAGCCCCUGGGAUGGCAGGAAGGGCCUGAGCCAGGGCUGGGAAUGCGUCCACUUCGGCUUGGGGUAGAUGAAGCUAGGAUACAAGGGCGAGGCAUAGAGGAUUAGAGCCCAGGUGCACCGUUAAUUUUCUCCACAAUGGGGUCUAGGCCAGUUCUUAAACUUGAGAGAACAUCAGUAUCACUGAAGCACUGGUUGAAAAGUUUUGGGUACCACUCCCAGUGUUUCUGAUUCAUUAGAUCUGGGAUGGAGGUCAAGAACGUGCAUUUCUAUUAAGUCCCCAGGCUAUGCUGCUGCUGGUUCAGGGAUCACAAUUUUUGAGUCAUACAUAAAAAGAUGUUUAGGGUAAUUCUGAUAACCUCACUCUGAAGAGGGGUCAAAGUGUGU